GGCAAAAUAGGCAGCUACUUGUUCCCUCAUAAGUCCCAUCGUGCCCUUUUGAGGGACCCCUCUGUUCUCCCUUCUCUCUUUUUCUCUUUGUUGCUUCAUCUUUCUCCUUCCCUCACAAUCCCAAACAUCUGAAGAAGAAGAAACCUCAAUGAAUCCACUUCCUUCUUUAAACCCACACUUCCCUUCUUCUUCUUCUUCUUCUUCUAACUUCAUGUUUUUCUUCAUUUGAAACCUUGGAAUCCUUGUUUGUUUUCCCAUUUCUUUUUAAGCUUUAGUUAUGGUGUUGGAUCUUAACUUGAGUGUUGUUUCUGAUGGUGGCGAUAAUUCAGUACAGAUAAUGGAGAUGGAGGCGUUCGGAGAAAAUGGCCGUAUUGGUUUUUCCGGUUAUAAUAGAAACCGAUUGGAUAGUUCCGGGAGCAUCGGUUCCUACGUCGUCAACGCCGACACCGCAACCACCGGCGGCGACGAGGACUCCUCUUCCAGCGCGGCUGCCACCGACACUUUCGCUUACACCUUCGGCAUCCUCAGAGCGCCCCAGCAAGAAGAAACAGAGAAUAACGACGGGGCAACCACCUCGCUUUUCCCGGUCGCCGUCGAGCGAAAUGGCGGGAAGUCAACGGAACCGCUGCUGAAGAAAUGGCUGGAUCUGGGUGGGUCCCGAGAAGCUCUGUUGUACCACGUGGACGGCGAGGGAGCCGCGGAGCAGAGGAUCCUAACCCAUCAGCAGCAACAAUGUCAACAGCAAGUUCAGCUAAGGCCACAAGUAAAAAAGAGUCGUCGUGGUCCCCGUUCGAGAAGUUCUCAAUAUCGUGGCGUCACGUUUUACCGUAGAACCGGACGUUGGGAAUCUCAUAUUUGGGAUUGUGGGAAACAAGUGUACUUGGGGGGAUUUGACACAGCACAUGCUGCAGCAAGAGCAUAUGAUCGAGCGGCAAUCAAGUUUCGAGGAAUUGAUGCGGAUAUUAAUUUUGAUGUUGGCGAUUAUGAUGAUGAUAUUAAACAGACGAGUAAUUUUACAAAAGAAGAAUUUGUGCAUAUCCUUCGUAGGCAGAGCACUGGUUUUUCAAGAGGUAGUUCCAAAUACAGGGGAGUUACAUUGCACAAGUGCGGCCGAUGGGAAGCUCGAAUGGGGCAACUUCUUGGCAAGAAGUACAUAUAUCUGGGUCUAUUCGAUAGUGAGAUUGAAGCUGCAAGGGCUUAUGACAAGGCUGCUAUAAAAUGUAAUGGUAGAGAAGCGGUCACCAACUUCGAGCCAAGCACGUAUGAGGGGGAGCUCAUCUUGGAAUCUGAAAACGGAGACCAGAAUGAAGUUCUUGACUUAAAAUUGGGCAUUGCGCCCCCCUAUACAACCAAUCAUCAAAAUGAUGACGAAAAUUCGAGCAACUCUGCUCUCCAGCAUGGCUAUGAUGGUCUGCCUGUUGUGAGUGGUCCAAGGUUCGAGAACUCUGCUCCUGUAACAAUGAGGGUUCAACCUACUCUCGGCCAAGCAAUGGUAUUCAAACAAGUUCCGAACUGGAAUGUCGCAAAUCCCACUUUCUUUCCAGUUUAUACGGAAAGAGCAAUAGAGAAGAGGACAGCGGUAGAUUCCCCACCACGGCAAAUCCAAGGACCUUAUUUUGGGACAAAUGAAAUGCCACUCUUCCCUAGUGCAGCAUCAUCAGGAUUCUCAUCUUCAAUAAUUACUUCCCCAUCAGUUGUUGCCGGCCAACAUCAAAUACCUAAUACAAAGUUCCUCCACCACCAUUAUACCCCCGGGAUCAUGAACCCGAACCCGAACAUCUCCCAUUUCUACCGCAGAACCGAAAGGUAGAAUAUGACUUGGCCAUUGCCACCUUUAUCUACUCCACUAUUUCCGUAGGCAAACCGAUGAGAGUAGAAACUGAGUUGUGGGAUGCAGGCUUAUAACAAGGGCUAUGUUCUACUUGAUUAAUCAUGUUUAUUUUUUCUCAUCAAACUAUUAGCUAAUGUGUGAUGCGGUUGAAAUGAGAAAUAAUUGCCUAGUGGCCGUUGUUUAUCGUUUUGUAAUGGCUUAAUGAAAACACA